UACAACUAGAAUGGGUUUACACCCGCCAACUCCUCACGGCGCCGUCCCGCCCACCGGAAACGAGCGUCGACGCGUCGGUCCAGCACAGGGCGUUGCAGUAGUCCGCAUGUCCGCCGACGGCGGGGGCAUCCACGUACACGAGCCGUAUGGACCCGUCGUCGGCGCCUGCGGCGACCCGUGGUGUAUCGACCCAGGUGGACUCGGCAAGGGCUCCCACACCGGCGCCGGGCGCGAACCGACACGUCUGACACCUGGCGGGGACCGCGCCCUGCCGGACGUCCCAGAGCUCGAGCGAGCCGUCGCCGAGGCCCACGACGACGCCGAUGCCGGCGUGACCCGCGGCCGCGAGCGCCCGCACGUCGCUACCGAACGUAGCCAUCGCGGCGGCGCGGGGAGCACGCCCGUCCCAUAUCCUGACGGUGCAGUCGCGGCCGCCCGACGCGAGCGUGUCCGUAGCGUCCCACCACGCGAUCGCACAGCAGCCAUCGGUAUGACCAUAAUGCUCGUGCACGAGCUGCGAGCCCUCGCGCAGGUCCCAACGCCGGACGACGCCGUCGUCGCCGGUCGAGGCCACGGUGCGGUGCCCGCUGCGCGCGACGGCUCGGACGCUUCCCGCGUGGGCGACGACCGGCGCCACGACGGCCGCCCCGGUUUGCCAAUUAUGAAAUCCAAGGUGGCCGUCGUCGCGAGCGACGACGACGACGCCGUCCGCCCAGGCGACGUCGGCGGCGCCGCACUCGAGCUCCACGCUCGCGUAAGGCGCAAGCGUGUCCGCACUCAGCAGAUCCAGCGCACCGACCCAGUCGUCGCCGUCCAGCCGGGACCUCGCGCACGCGAGCGCCGCCCGCUCCACCGCGGAUCGCGCCGCCAUGAGGGCGAGGCCGUCGACGCUCCAGCCCGGUGGUGCUCGAUACUCAUGCGUAAAGGCCGCCAUCUGUGGCUCGGCUGCAGCUACGCGUGGCUGCUGAGCACAGGGGCUCCCUGUUGCUCACCACGCUGCGACGCGUUUCUGUGCGUGCUGCCGGCGGCAGAGCUCUAAAAUUGAUGUGUUCGGCUCGUUGUGAGAAAUUUGCCAGCAAUAGGCUGGCGUAAGGACGCUUUGCAGCCGGAGAGCGGCAAGCAAACUCGCCGCGGCAGGAGCCCAAAAGGACUCGCACAAUCACCCAUUCGUGCUCCCUUGCUGCGCUGCGACGCGACAUUCAUCGGAUAGCCCACCGCUGAGAUGCUGCGCACCGCCGCGCGCGCCCUGCGGCGCGCACCACAAGCACCACAAGCAGCGCCACGGCACAGCCGAGCGUUUGCGGCGGACGCCACCGACGCGCCGGCGACACCAGCCAAACAGACACCAAAAAAGCAGGCGCCCAGCGCCAAGCAAAAGCAGGCCGCGCGCGCAUCAGGCCGCGGGCGCGGGCGCGGCGGCG